CGGACUUUUCUUGGACAGGUGCUUGAUUAUUUUAAGAGCUUCUUCCUUUCCCAUCUCUCCUUGGUGUGUGCGUAAACGUGAAACGGAUGAGCAAGUUCUGAAUCAGUCGUUGUAGACUUUCAAUUUUAGACGCGCGCUUGUGUCCAGGUUCACACCGUUUGGAAGAUGUCUGAAAGAUCGCAGAGUCCGGAGUGCCAAAUCCGACCAUAUGACUUCAGCCGGACCAACCCUUGCAACCAGGUUUUGAGUCAUGAGACUUUGGGUAGCGCUGCGUCAUUCCAGUUUCCUCACGGCGUCCUGCCAGACCCGAGCCUCCUCUACAACAAAAAUGCUUAUAGUGGCAUCACCCCAGCAUCCGCGCAGAGCUUUUUCCCUUUCCCACCCGUCACCAGUGACUACAGAGGAUCCGAGCUACAGACUGGAGAGUUUGGACAACCCAAGUACUGGUAUCCCUUCUCUGCGCCCGAGUACACCAGCCAGGUACCCGGCGCUACAGCAGCUACCCAGCCUACAAACCUGAGUCCCCCUAUAGCCGAGACCCGGGAGCAAAUGAAACUGCCCGAAAUAAAGACUGAGAAGGACACCGGUGAGGACUACUCAACGGAGAUAAAGAUUCAGCAAUACGCAACACCGCCAGCCUCCACCGCCAUGUCCCAUGGAGUCUUCUACUCUCCGGCCUGGAACCCUUCCUUCUGGCCCGGGAUCACCCACAUUACACCCCCGGGCAGCAAUAAUCAAAAUCCUUUGACGUCCUCUGCAUCUUCGCCAUCGAUGUCCCCUUCACCUCCAAGCAACGGGCUUCCAGGGAACACGUUUUUCAGCGUGAACACGACCCAGGCUACCACCGGGCCCCAGACGCAAAACCCGGCCUCGUCCACGCGUAGCAGUGGGUCCUCCAGCGGCGGGUGCAGCGACUCUGAGGAGGAGAAUCUUUCCACGGAAGAACUGGAGCAGUUCGCUAAGGAGCUGAAACACAAACGAAUUACCUUGGGUUUCACUCAAGCUGAUGUUGGCCUUGCCCUGGGUAACCUUUAUGGUAAGAUGUUCAGCCAGACGACCAUUUGUCGCUUUGAGGCUCUUCAGCUGAGUUUCAAGAACAUGUGCAAGCUGAAGCCCCUUCUUCAAAGAUGGCUGAAUGAGGCAGAGACCUCGGACAAUCCCCAGGAUAUGUACAAGAUUGAGCGAGUAUUUGUUGACACCAGAAAAAGGAAGAGGAGGACCAGUCUGGAGGGAGCGGUGCGCUCUGCUCUAGAGUCUUACUUUAUCAAGUGUCCCAAGCCCAACACCCAGGAGAUCACACACAUCUCAGAUGACCUGGGCCUGGAGAGAGAUGUUGUACGUGUUUGGUUCUGCAACCGAAGACAGAAAGGAAAGCGCCUGGCCUUGCCACUAGAGGAUGAGUGCGAAGGCCAGUACUACGAGCAGAGUCCUUCCCCACUGAACAUGGCCCCCUCCCCCAUUCCCAGCCAGGGUUACCCUGCUUCAAGCUACCACGGUGGCCCGCCUCCCACACUCUACAUGUCCCCUCUUCAUCGGGCCGAUGUCAUGAAACAAGCUUUGCACCCCGGACUGGUUAGUCACCUGACUGGAUAAACAUGCUCAGGUAGUCAAGCCAGAACCACAGAUUGCCUUCCCAAGCCUCUCUAUCCAAGCUGAAGAUGAGCCUCUAAAUGCUGUAAUCAAAUGGACCGAUCAUGUUGCCAAAUUGUGGGAUAGAAACAUUCCAAGUGUGGAGGCUCAUCUUCUGACCACAGCGGUGAGAUGGAUCAAAGUAGUUUCUUGUUCCUGUUGUGAUGGCAAUACUUGAAUAACUACCAUGGGAACCAUUGUCUUACCAUGACCUGCAACUGCUGACUUCAAAUUUAUGAUACAUUUUAAAUUGAAUGUGCCUUUUCUCUUUUGUGUUCGGAGAUAUUUCAUAGUAAGUUAUUCCAUAGGCUUUAAUCAUUGCAGGUAUAGAUCAAUGAAAAACUGAGAUUUGGUGCUAAAGAGGUCCAGUUGAUGCAAGGUUAUAGAGCCAGGGUAUUCCUCCACAUAUGCAAAGUCCUGGGCAGGUUUUCUGUGGUGCAGAUGAGAAAAGAUCUGGGUUGUUAAUGGAAUAUCAAUGUGAGGGCUUAAAACUCAGGGCUUGACAGUUUAGUCAAUGUCUGUGCAAUACUUGGUGUCACGUCUGAAUAUAGCAGCUGCAAUGUUUGCCUGAACUGUCCGUCAUUGAAGUGGAAAAUGCAAAUUCUAAUUUUUCAAUUGCUUUUGCACAAAGUUGCUUUUGUAUUGUUGAAUAUUGUUUUUAUUUUUGUCCCGUUUGUAUACCAAACCCAGGUUUUGGCCCUUUGGUUGUUUUUAUCGUCGACGUCUUUUACCUAUUUUAUAGCGUCAAUGGGGGAGGGGGGGGUGGUGAGAUUCAAAAGUAAUACUUUGAGGGGAUGUGAUUAAUGACUUAACAAUUGUGAUUAAUGACUUAACAAAGCUGCUAAUCUGCCAAUUGCACACUGUCAGUAUUUUCUCAAUGUCUAAGGUGAAUGGCAGUAAGAAGUCUUUGAAUCAAUG